AUGACGACCGUAUCUCGAGAGAAAAUACUGGCCAAGCGCAAGCGUCUAAGAUGCGUAGACUGUGGAGACACAGGUCUUAUAGUUGUAGAUCAUAGUGAGGGUAACCAAAUUUGUAUCAACUGUGGAAGAGUUGCUGAAAGUGUAUUAAUCUCAGAUGAGCAGGAAUGGCGUAGUUUUAAUAGCGAGUCUACCGGUGGGUCCAAAAACGACCGUAGCCGUGUUGGUGAUCUUAACGAUGUGUGGUUAGAAAACGCCAAUUCAACAACAUUUAUCGGAGGAUCGCGAAAAAUGCAACAAAUACAGAACCUUAUAGUGAACUCUGACAGUGCAGAUCGUUAUCUAAAGAGUGCCUUUACAGUUUUACGGCAAAUUACAGAUACCAUUAACCUUAACGACCUUGUUAUUGAGCGUGGUAAAGAGAUUUUAAAGGAGCUUAAUGAUGCUAACCAACUAAAAGGCCGGAGCAAUAUGCUUAACAUGUUAGCUGUUGUGUAUAUGGCGUGCCGUGAGGUCGGUGUGUCUCGUACUCUCAAAGAGCUUGUGAUAUGUGACAGUAAGAUAACGGAGAAGGAACUUGGUAGAGCGAUCAACCGGAUGAAGAAGUUGUUACCUAAGCGUGGUGAUGCUACUGUUGAGGACACAUCACAAUUACUGCCACGUUUCUGUUCCAAACUUAAUGUUCCCAACAAAAUGGCAUCACUUUGUGAGUAUGCCGCGGGUAAAGCGGCGCUUAUUUUGCGCACCUCCCACCGUACAACCUCGCUGGCAGCCGGUACUAUCUACUUCAUAACUCAAGUGGCAUGGUUACCAAACAUUGAAACCAAGCCACCUACUGCAUCUGAAAUAGCUACUGUGUGUGGUGUCAGUGAGAACACGCUUAAGUCGGUUUACAAGGAACUGGUGAAUGUCACCCACCGUAUACUACCAGCAAAUGCCAUCGUAGAGAAACAAGCGGCAUAA